CGUUGCAACUUCCUUUAGUAAACACUCCGUACAUGUGAUAGGAGUGGACUUGAUUUUUAAUGGAUGAAUAAAUACUGGAACAUUAAAAAUGCGUAUCGAGAAAUGUUAUUUUUGCUCCGGGCCCGUUUACCCGGGUCAUGGAAUGAUGUUCGUUCGAAAUGACUGCAAGGUGUUUAGGUUCUGCAAAUCAAAAUGUCACAAAAACUUCAAGAAGAAGAGAAACCCCCGAAAGAUCAGAUGGACGAAGUCUUUCCGGAAAGCUUCGGGCAAGGAAUUGACGGUGGAUAACUCUCUGGAGUUUGAGAAGCGCAGAAAUGUUCCAGUGAAAUACCAGAGAGAGUUGUGGAACAAGACUGUGGAAGCCAUGAAGAAAGUAGAAGAGAUCAAACAGAAACGGCAAGCAAGGUUUAUCAUGAACAGACUGAAGAAGGGCAAAGAGUUAGAGAAGGAAGAAGCCAUCAGCGAGGUGAAGAAAAAUAUCCAUCUUAUCAAAGCCCCACAUGCAGGAAAAGCAAAGAAGAUGGAGGAAAAGAUGGUGCAGAAAUUACAAGAAGAUGUGGAAAUGGGAGACGAUUAAAAAUGUUCAUCCUCAUUCUUACAGUGGAAUUAACUGUAAUUGAGACCUUUUAACUGUUGUAGGAACUUUUGAAUUUCAUGUAUAAAAGCAUUUUUCUUUCAUUGAACAAAAUCAUACAAGCUCCACUGCUCUUCACUUCCAUGGCUACAAAAGAUAACGCAAGUAUUUCAGUAAAUUUCCCAGUAAAAUAAGAGUGGCUUGGCUGCUAAUUUGCAGGACCUUGAAACUCCUUAUAUCAUUUAAAUGUUUUUGUUCCUAAUGUGCGAAAACCAUCCAUAUGCAUUGAAGGUGUUUCUAAAUUAAACCAAAGUCACAAUAAACAAUGAUCUGGUUUGGUAAAGUACUUGUUUUAGUGUCAGUGACUUUGUAUUUUUAAUAACGUAUCUCAGUAAUUUAGUCUACAUGUUUUCAGAUGUGCAAAAAGAGGAUUUAUUUUAUUAAAACAUUUUUGUAAUGGA